UUCGAUAAAAAAUCUCUUUUUAUCUUAUGACAAUUGUAAGCGAUAAAGGGCAACGGUAUGUAAUCAAAAUUUAGUAUUAAAUAUUUGUGCUAAAAUGAAUACUACUGUUAUAUUACUUAUACUAGGAAUAUCAACCGUUGUUGCAUACGAUAUUGCGCAAAAUGUAAGAAGUUUUGGUUACACUUUUGAUAAGUUUGAAGUAACCACUGAAGAUGGUUACAUAUUGGAAAUCCAUCGCAUUAGUGAAAGUCCAAAUGGAAUUAAGAAUAAAAAGAGACCUCCUGUAUUAGUCAUGCAUGGUCUCCUGGGUUGCUCAGCUGAUUUUAUUCACAUUGGUCCUGGAAAAGCAUUACCGUUAAGAUUAUCUGAUGAAGGGUACGAUGUGUGGCUUGGAAACAACAGGGGAAAUACUUACUCUCAAAAACACAGUUCCACUACAAUCAAAAAUGCUUCGUUUUGGGACUUUAGCUUUCACGAGAUUGGUGUAAGAGACACACCAGCAGUCAUUGACUUCAUUUUAGACAAAACAGGAGAGAAGACCUUAUCCUACGUUGCUCACUCUACUGGAGUUGCCCAAUUUUUAAUUGCCACAUCUAUGAAACCAGAAUAUCAAAAUAAGGUUAAGAUCGCAGCUGCACUAGCUCCAGUAGUUUACCUUGACCACUCAACUAAUUUUCUUCUGAAAAUGGUAACUAAAGAUAAUUAUGCACAAAUUUUGGCUGCAGAAGAAAGUGCAAAAGCAACAGUUAUUUUAGACCACAACUCUAUAAUAUGGGAUUUAGGUUUGGGUGCCAUAUGUGGUAUGUUUAAGGAACUGUGUGCUGAUUUAAUAUUUUUACUGACUGGAUUCGAUACUGAUCAAUUAGAUAGGUCCUCUAUUAUACCAUUCUUCUCAUCAUUUCCUGCUGGUAUAUCUGUUAAGGAACUUAAUCACGUUUUACAAUGGAAAAUGAACGGUCUAUUCAGCCAAUAUGACUAUGGAAUGAUAAAAAAUAAACAAAUAUAUAACAGUAUAAAACCACCUAUUUACGAUUUAAGUAAUGUUACUGUUCCAGUAGCCUUAUUUUACGGUCAAAAUGAUCUUAUAUCAACAAGUGCGCUCAAUGGCAAAAUUCGAUGGAAUGAAAAUAGGCUCAACCGCUGAAUCCCUGAAGUAAAGCAUUUGAAAGCAUAUUAGUGACUACUGUUAUUAUUAUCUUAUUUUAUUUCUUUACAUUUCCACACUGAUGGAUUUAAAUAUUAUUAUUUAUUCCUUUGCCUGAUUUACCGACUAAAGGCAAAGAGCCAUAGGAUAACAAAGGAUUUUUAAAGCUUUCUUUAAUAUAGUAACUGUCAAUUUCAUUUGUAUUUUUUCACAAUUAUAUAGCAACAAAAACAAAAAUUGUUUCACUUUUGUAUUUUGAUAACGAUUUCGGAAGUUGAAAUCGAAAUCUAAAUAUCAAAUAAAUUUAAUUUUAAAGUAAAAUUGUGGUUUAUUCUCACCAAAGCGACUAAAUUGCUAUAAGCUGCUACAAAAAGUACCUUCAGAAUAAUUUCAAGUUGUAAAAUAGUAUGGAAGUUAAACUCAUAUUCAAUAAUUGUGCACUUUUUUUAUUCUAAAACGUCAAGGUUUAGUGGUUACGGAAUGGGACGUUUCAUCGCCGCCGGUUCAUCGCCGCUGUUUCGAUGCCGCCGGUUCAUCGCCAGUCCAUUACAUCGCCGUCCGUUUCAUCGCCGUCCGUUUCAUCGCCAGUUAGUCAGUUGAUUUUGUAUUAUGGGAGAUGACACGACACGACGUUAAAUUCGGUUCAAAACUUAUUAGAAUUCAAAAGAUAAAAAAUAUUAUUAUAUUUACUGUUCUACUUCCUCUAAAUUUUUGUACAGAAAUUUUGGGUUCUUUUCGAAUUUAAGAAACAGUUUCUCUUGGUUGGAAAUGUUGACCCUGAAAUUUAAAAGAUUAUCAAUAUAAUAUAUUUUAUAUUAUAAAAGUUUAAAAGUCUAUUAAAAGAUUAAGUAUGGCAACGGGAAUGGUCAUAUCUCGCAUUUCCUAGAAUUCCUAAUUAAUACUGAAAAUAAAUAAUAAAUGUAACUGUCGAAAAUUCGGAAAUAUAUCAGAUAGCGAUUAAAUGACUGGCGAUGAAUCGGCCGAUGAUGAAUCGGCCGGCGAUGAAUCGGCCGGCGAUGAACCGGCCGGCGAUGAACUGGCGGCAUCGAAACGGCGGCGAUGAAACGUCCUAGACCCAGUGGUUAUAAAAUUAACUGAUGGCCGGUUUCUCGCUAGAUGGCUUGCCUAAAUAUAACAGGUGCCAUGAAAACAACACCAACUGCUGUAAUAGAGAUGCUGACUGGCAUCACCUCUUUACAAAUAUAUGUCAAAGAGGUAGCGCUCUUGACGACGAUGAGAUUGCGCUCAGCGGGUGCAAACCUAGAUGUAGGAAUGAGACAAUUGAGAUGUCGUUUCGUCGUUUCUGGCGGGGUGUGCUGGAGGCAAUACAUCUGCUACAUGCAGGCCAUAGAUGCGUCUCAAUUAAACCUACGAUUGUCUUCGACAAACCCUACAAAAUCGAAACAAGACAACAUAGAAAGUUAAACGUGGCACAUGCAUAUUGCAUCUACGCCGAUGGCUUUAAAAUGGAAGAAGGCUCAGGAUGCAGGAUGUACUUCAGAUCACUGAACUGUAUAAAAUGGGGUAUAGGCAAAAAUGCCAGCGUAGUUCAGACUGAACUGGCUGGUAUCUCUGUAGCCGCAAAAGAGUUAACCCGGAAAGGUAGAGCCGGUAAAAUCACAAUAAUCUGCAGUAGACAAGCACUACUAACCCUGAACAGACCACAUAUAAUAUCAGGGCUAAUGGAGUGUCAUGAAUCACUAGCCAAAGCUUCGGAUGGUAACAUAAUCCUGAGGUGGGUUAAAGCACACAAUGGAAUAAAGGCAACCGCAUUUCUGAGCAGCUAGCUAGGAAGGCAGCAGGUCUAAGACUCUCAGGGCCUGGUGAUCUUUUUGGCUGGUCAACUGCAACAAUCGCGGAAAUUGCCACAUGUCACUUCCACACGUAAACCGUAAAAAGAUGGGAAGAACGGCCAGGAUGUAGACUUGCCAAGGUAAUACUAAGGAACCUUGGAAAGUGAGCAUCAAAAAGGUACUUAAGAAUGACCAGGAAAACCCUACGCUCGACAGGUUUUUUAACUGGCCAUUUUCGACUAAGAAAAUACAACCCCGCACUGGGACUAAUAGACACACCUAUUUGGAGGAAGUGUGAACGAGAUGACGAAACUGUCGAGCAUUUCCUAUGUGAAUGUCCGGAGUUAUCGUCAAUAUAAGAGUAAGCUUUCGGCGAGCUUUGGCCUACACCUGAUGACAUAGGGAAGAUAUCCCCUGGAAAUGGCAGGAUGAAUAAUGAGCUAAGGACGGCAACCCCCUCUACUCUACAGAUACAGAAUUGCCGGUUUCACCAACGACAAAUAAUAGUAGUUUAUUCGAUGAAUAAAUUUAGUCGACCCAUAAACUGACACAUCUACGUUUCACUAACGUCAUAUAACAUUUUAUUCAUUUUUAUUUAUCAAGAAAGUAUUUACUCUUCGAAUAAAUUGACAAGUAGAUCUCGCUUUAAAUAUCUAUAACAAAGAAAAUUCUCCAGUUUACCUUUAAAUUGUAAAAAUUGUAUUGAAACACAAUAAAAAUAUAAUCGACUAAUAAAUUUUAUUGGAUGAAUAACUAUUGUUUGAUUUAUUUCUUGUUUGGGGAAACCGGCCCUAAAUCAUUUAAAUUUAAAUAAACGAAAAUUAUAGGUCUGCUCAAUGGUAGAUUCUAAUUUUGUUUACUAUUUUUUGUUUUAGGAUGUACAACAUCUCGCAAGUGAUUUACCUAAUAUAGUCGAAAAUCAUACGAUUGAAUAUGAU